GAUCUACCGAGCUCCGGAGGCGGAAGCAUGAUUGUACAGCCAGUUCAUCAGUUGGCAUUGUUUCCCUUGCACACAUUCCAGUUCUUCUUCUUUUGCAGAUUAGCAGGAUCCGUAAAUAGAAAAGCUCUCCGCAUUCUCCGUCCUGGACGGCAUGCGGCCCAGAACCAGUGUACUAGUAUUCGGAGCUAACAGUAGCAGCACAAGCUAAGCCGGUAGUUGAACGCGUGGUGUCAUAAGUUUGCAGAUAACUAGAUCCGGUACUGAAAAUUCUUCGGCAAGGGUUUCGCUCUUGGUGGUGAACCUGUGCGGCGAGGACGUGGCUGUCCGACUUACUGGGAUGAGAACCUCGUCGACUGCCACUGUGAUGUGGAUUGUUCCUUCGCUAACGGUACUGCUACUGCUUGAAGCUGGGCUGCUCGCCAAAUCUAUUCCCGCACCGAACUGGGAUGGAAAGGACCACUCUGAAAUUCUCAAAGACCUGGUGCUGAACUACGAAGAUCAUACCCGUGACCCACGGGCGAAUACUGAAUGCAGUGUCAAUGCUAGCUACACUGGCCAGUGUAACCUGGACUGUCAGUGUGUGGAUGGCAAGUGGAAAUGCUGUCGGCUCAGGAAGAGUGUGAAGAACUUAUCACAGGAAGAAAGAGAUCGAUUUACGCAUGCAUACUUGAAAGCUGUCAAGAAUGAAAUAUACAAGCCAGCUAUGCGCGCUAUCCUUUGGUCGCACGCAGCGUUUUUCUGCAAGACUAUAACGAACAAGGAGCAGUUAGUCUACAGUGAUGCGGUGGGAUAUCACAACUUGCUUUUGCUGGCGCUGGAGAGUCUGCUGCGUCUGAUCGACUGUCGUGUUACCCUCCCCUACUGGGAUGUUGCCUUGGAGUACGAGAAGAGCUAUUCGGAGCAAUUACCAGAAGGGUUUGGAGGAAACGGAGUGCCUCCUGAUUACUGCGUGCUCGAUGGGCCGUAUAGAAAAGGAGAAUUUGUCCUUCCAAAGUUUGUGUACAAUGGCGUGGAGCUACCCUUCACGACGUGCUUGAAGAGGAACAUAUCUGCUACAAGCACCCCCUUUUCGUAUAUGAUGUUCACCGCAAUGCUCACCAUACCGCCGGAAAACUCGGAGAUGUUCGAUUUAGGAUUUUUUCUCGACUUUGACAGAAACUUCCACGCAAGCAUGGGUGGCACCUUCGAAGGCAUGGUACCAGCUAUGGACCCACUGUUUUACAUGAUUCAUAAUUUCGCAAACAAGAUGCUGGUGAAUUUCCAGAUGCAAGGGCCGCAGCAUCUAAUCGGUGGAGGGCUCUGGAACAACACAGUAUCUGUGACAACUUUCCAAUGGUUUCAGAACAAGGAUUUUCUUGAUGCCACAAGCUUUCCGAAUGAUGUAUGCAUUCACUGGGAUGCAGUCGCCGAUCAGGAGAAGCUGAUUCAGAUGGGCUACUACGCAGGGCUAGAAACACCACGUACCCACCACAUAGCACUGUCGUACAAGGAGGUUAGGGAUAUGGACAUGGACAGCAAGGCUGCAGCGAACUAUGUCCAGUUCAUAAAGUCCCUCAGGGCCACCUUUCUGUCAGCGUUUACCAAUGAUGAGAAUGGCUUCCAUCUGACCAAGGACUGGUACAAGCUGUUUAUGGCUGGCUUCGGAAACAGGAAAUUCCAGGUGCAGCCCGCAUGUUCGCAGUACUUUGAUCUGGAUCCGGAAUUCGAGAAAACCACCGUGUCACCUGGUGUAGCUGAGCUCAUUCCAUAACAGCCUUGUGGUUUUUUUUUUCAAUGUCUCAGCUGUUUGGCCGUUUCAUCUAUUCCAUGGGAAGCUCUAUACAAUUUAUUGAUCAUUGAAUGGUGGUGACAUGACAUUGUGUUGGUUUCAGAAUACACAUCCUUGCCAUUUUCGUUUUGCGCAUCUAUUUUCCGCGGGUAGUGAUUUUGUGAGAGAGAUAGAGAGAGAGAAUGUGUGUGUGUGUGUGUGUGUGAGAGAGAGAGAGAGAGAGAGAGAGAGAGAGAGAGAGAGAGAGAAUGUGUGUGGAUGUGUGUGUGUGUGUGUGUGUGUGUGUGUGUGUGGUGCAAUCCCAGCACAAGUUGCUAUGGCUUCUGUCGUAGCAUUGCUAUCAUCGCCUCCGGCGAUUGGCGUCAAAGGUCAGGUCAGGUGUGUGUGUGUGUGUGUGAUUUAGAGAAUGAAUGUGUGUGUGUGAGAGAGAGAUUUAGACCAUGCGUAUGUGUGUGUGUGUGUGUGCGCGUAUACACGCGUGUGAGGGUAGGUGUAUGUGAGAAAAGGGAGAGAGUGUGGGUGUAUGUGUGUGUAAUGGUGGGGGCAUGUGUGGAUUUGGCAUUUAAGUCCCCAGCUCUAUUCUAUGUCAUUCACGCUGGAACUGCUGCUGCAUAGCCCCAAGUCUGAAGACUUGGCAACUUCACGCCUGCAUCUGACUUUUGCGCUAUGAUACGCGUCGCCUAUGAUACCCCUCAGAAUUUCCCACCUUGCUCCCCCUUAUGUUCAGGCUGCCCGUUUAGAAGCCAUCAGUUGCCUGGCGAUCGUAGUAAUACGUGAAACUCAGAGUUGUGACAAACCUUCCAAUCUCUCUUGUAAUACAGAAAUACCUAUAUUCUGCCUGUGACUACUCACAGAGAAAGAGUGGUCGCAACUGUACAUUCCGCAUGUAACUGUUCGCAUGGAAUUAUAGUGGUCACAGCUGUAUUCUGUGACCGCUCAUAGGGAAUUAUAGUUUCCACAACAAAUCCUGCAGUACGAAGCACUCUGCGAGCAGUCACGAACUGUGUACUUUACACAUGUACAUGUAUGGUGAUUUGUGACUGGUCAUGGGGCAUUGUGACUGGUAAACUAAUUUGU